AUGAAGGUCUUUGUGCUCGGCACGUUGCUGCUGCAGACGCUGAAUGCGCAGACAGACAGCGAACUAGCAGCAGCUGAGACUGAUCUUAGCAGCUCUACCUUUCCCACGGGUACAGCGGACGUCAUCGUGGACCCAGCUACUACCGAUGCAGAGUUUGGUGCAGACGCAACUGCUGGGCCUGGCUUUACCUUUCCGAUCCUAAACGAAAUCGAGACUCCCGUCGAAUUAGUCGCAAUCGAGACUCCCGUCGAAUCUGAAACCUCGUCCCUCGUUGUGACAAUAGUCAGCGAGCCCACCGAUGCGGUCGAGGUGACCACCACAACCUCUGACGUGGAAAGUGCUGCAGCGCCAGAUGCCACUGUCCUGCCUUUCGAAGAAGAAUGCCCAGCUUCCUGCUAUGAAGGCAACAGCAAGCUUCGUCCACGCCAGGACGUGCCAUCGUCCAAUGGUGGAUUUGCAGCUUUCCGGUGGCCUGGAGACACCAUGAGGGCGACUGCCGAAGACGACUGCAGCGAUGACAUUCCCGAUUGGCUUCUUGAGUCUUCUGGAAAAAAAAGAGAGGCAUGCCAGCCAGUGGAGAGACAGGAGUGUCCUGACGUAUGCUACGAAGCUACGCCUGGCAACACCGCUCUGGACUAUGGCGAUGUGUACACGGAUGAAGAGGGCAACGUGUACACUGACGACAAUACAGAAACAUACGAUGAUGGCACUACCAUUAAUGAGUACUUUGAUGAGACCACCACGAACGAGUACACGAACACAGACGAGUACCCAGAUGAUACGUUCACCGACGAGUAUCCAGAUGAUACCUUGACCGACGAGUACCCGGAUGAUACAUUCACCGACGAGCUCCCAGAGGACACCACCACGGAUGAUUACCCAGAGGAAACCACAACAGACGAGUACCCAGAGGAUACGUUCACCGACCAGUAUCCAGAUGACACCACAACAGAGGAGUACCCAGAGGAAACAACAACGGAUGAGGGCUAUGGUAACUACAGUGCUUCUUCCACGGGUGGUUACGGCUACUCCUCCAAGACGACAUUCGUCACGUCAACCAAGACAGCUGCCCCUAGUGGCUAUGGUACGCCUGGAUACGAAGGCUCAACCAUCGCCGGUAUCUGUCCCAAACAAUGCAACCCCUUCGACCCUGCCCAGAACAAGUGCGACAUCACCACAAGCUGCACUACAACAGGAAAUGAAAAGUACUACUGUGCCUGCAGGGCAGGCUUCAGGACGAGCGCGUGGAACCCGAAGGACUUCACCAAGCAGUUCAAGUUCGCAGCUCAGCCGUACGUGUACGUGGCGCCGGGCGAGGUGUGCGACCAGGGCCACACAGUCGGCGUCUUGGAUAUCGAUCUGACCGGACCUAGUAUACCGCGCUUCUUCGGCAUCGAAGAGAGCAAAGUGCGCCAAGCGCCUGGUGGUUGGAUCCCCGUCGACGUACACGCGCAGCAAACAUUGUCCGCGCAUCGCUUACAGAAGACUGCGGAGGGACAAGAGAUAGGCGCGUUAUCUUGCAUGUCUCUGGGCUUCAUUCUGCCAAACCGCAGUGAUGCCGUCAUCUGGCGUGGUCCCAAGAAGACAGCCAUGGUGCGCCAGUUUCUUACAGACGUCCUGUGGCCAAAGGUCGACUACCUCCUCAUCGAUACCCCACCCGGCACUUCGGACGAACACAUUUCACUGCUUGAGACGCUCCUCAAGAACACGUCUACGACACCGCAUGCGUCCCUCCCGUACCUUGCUGGCGCUGUAGUCGUGACUACCCCGCAGGCCAUUUCGAUAUCCGACGUGAAGAAGGAACUCAAUUUUUGCAAGAAGACGGGCAUAAGGGUACUCGGUGUGGUGGAAAACAUGGCCGGCUUCGUAUGUCCGAACUGCUCGGAAUGCACGAAUGUCUUCAGCAAAGGCGGGGGUGAAGUCAUGGCGAGAGACUUCAAUGUGCCAUUCCUUGGGUCUGUACCGAUCGACCCGGCCUUCGUACAAUUGGUAGAAGAAGGGACAAGGCCGCUGUACCCUGAAGGAACAAUCAUGGCCGGUACGGAUGUCAGCGCGGCGCCAAAUGGUAAAGAAGCCGGUUCGACUACGCAUGGCAGUAAGGAGGGACUUUUUGUCGACAAGUACCGCGAUUGCUCACUCUAUCCGCUCUUCGAUGGAUUCCCGACAUUGCGAGCGCCAUUGCUUGUGCUUGUGAUAUUGACCCUGCUUGUCACCCCACAGCCACAGCCACAGCGGCACGAAUCUUAUCUCUUGGAGGCACAAAACUACCUCUACCGCAAGAAAACCUCUCGUCAAGCUCGUCUUGCGCGCGGUAUGGACACUCAUGACGCCAUGAGCAAGCUCAACCCUCACGAGGCCACCGCGGCCAGCACGGACUCACAACAGCCGAUGCGCGAGGAGCGCCAUAACAGCGGCGAUGCCACCGUAUCCCCAACUGGCCAUGCUCCGCAAGAUGGCGCAAACCAAGAGUCGGACGUGGCGGUGCAGCAGCAGCCCGUCAAGGGAGAGCUUCAACAGCACAUCGAUCAGCUGAAAACUGCGGCCGAGGAGCCCAGCAAGCAGCCAGAGCUUCUGCAGCAAGAUGCUUCCAAUUGGCCUAAUUCGCAGAACCACUUGGUUGCCAAAGUCCCACAGCUAACCGAAGCAAAUCCGGAGAACGACAAAGUCGAAGUGAGUGCGAAUCAUGGCGCUUCUUCAUUCCACGCUGAAGCCGACGUACCGGCCAACAAUACCGUCAACCAAGAGGCGAAGGCAAACGAGAUCGAGCCUGUGUCUACCGAUACAUCAAAGACGGUACCUCCAUCCGCCACUCCAGAGUCACUCAGGGGUAAUCCUUAUAGACUCUCAGGGUCUCUUGUCGCCACAGACCAUGGACAUGAAGGAACCGAACUCGAUGCGAAGACAGACGAAGUCAGCAAGGUGCAGCAGCAUGAGGCGACUGAACAGCCAAUGCCGACAAUGGAUGCUCAGGAAGUCGCAGAGUACAGCCAAGAUUACGAGGGCGGUUCCUCAGUCGAAGAAGUCCUGAGCGACACCGAGAGCCUUCUAGGCGACACUCACGACCGUCUGCACUCAAAAGACAAUGGACGCGAAUCAUCUGGUGAUGAGCCUUCCUGUGAUGAGCAUGACUGCGGCGAUGUUGAAGAAGAUGACGGAGAUGUUGAAUGGGAUGACGAAUAUCUGCGAAAUUUGGCGACUGAGAUCCGUGCGGGCGUCAACGCCCGCUCUGGGCUGGCUCGGCGCCAAGGACAUGUGCCAGGUGGUGUAGGCUACAUAAUGCCACAUCAGGAUCCUCGCCAAAUGCAGCUGAAUGGCCAGCAUGGCUUCCCGGGCUUCGCAAACGCAGACUAUGGUCAGCAACAGCCAUCACAGGCUUUCAAUGCUCGUGCGGUUCCGGGCAUGCAGGACCCGAGGAGCUUUCAGCAGCAUGAUAUGCAACAACACCCAGGUUUCCAACAGAUGGGGUAUCAAGCUCAUCAAGGUGCGAACAACUUCCUGCAAGGCUCAAGUCCCAUGUCGCCUUUCUUUCAGGGCGUCGCACAAAACCACCCGCCGCAUGCUGCACACCGUCAGCACAUGAUGGGCUUUCAGAACCCUCCCUACACAAUGCAACCCCACGGUCAAUAUUCCCCCAUGACAGCCUACGAUCAAUUCCCGGGCUCCCCGUAUGCAAUGCAAGCUCGGCCAUCCGCCCCUGCUCUGUCGAAUCAACGGCCACCAACGUCUGCGCCCGUUGCAUCUCGACCUGAUACGCGUCAACAAGGCCCACAAAGAUCUGCUGCAGUUGAGGAAUUCGACAGCAGCGAGGACGAUGAACCCUUGCACAAGCGUGUCGCUCAUCAUUCUUCCGCUGCCGGCGAAUCUGCUAUUACAGUGAAGGGUAAGCGGAUGGAUCAAGGCAAAGAGUCUGAGGUCGAGUUUGUCGCAUCCAAGCCUAAACUGGGGUUCAAGGCGACGAAGGAGAAGAAAUCAGCGCCCAAACAGGGUCCAGUUCCUUCCACUACCAAGACUGUCGGACCAGCUAUCAAGGGCCCGCCGUCAAGUGCCGGCAGCAUUGACUGGACUCUACCACGGUUUGAAGCGCAGUUUGAGCCUGGAGCAACCAAGAACGAUCCCACUGUUGCUAAAGUCUCGAUUCCCGGCAUCGUUCGAGAAGAGAUUUUCCUUUCCCCAGAUCAUGCUGAGCAGGAGACUCAUCUUCUCCUCCAUAUCUUCCUACCCAACCAGCGGAGGCUCGAAACCCCAGACACCAAUCCCGCGGUCGCCAUCCUCAACUUCCACACCGUCGCCGUCAUGGUUAUCGAAGCCUUCGUACAGUUCGAAAUCGGUGAUGAGUACGGACUGGGUCGUGGUCAUUGGCACAACGAUCACGACGAAGAUGGUGUUGCCGAAUAUCAGCGCGUACGCGACGCCAAGGACGCUGACCCCGAUGACAUCUUCUUCGCCGUCAUUGAUCGCUGGCGCGCAGGCCUAGAGUCCAACAAGCAGCCCUCAAAGCUGAUUCGUGGCACCCAGGAGUUCUGCGACAUUGCGCUCGACAUCAUCUACUACAUCAGAGAGCAUGGACUCUUGGAAGAGAGGCAGCGUGCGGUGAGAUCGGACAAGGGCGUCAAGCGUGGUGCGAAGAAACUCGAAGAGCAAGAGCAGUCUGAGGAUGAGGACACCCCGAUGAAGGGUACUAAGCGCGGAGCGGGCAAGAUUCACGAACCCAAGGUCACAAAGAAGGCCAAGGUACAGCCCAAGGCUAAGACGCCGGCUAAGCCUAGGAAAUCAAGGGCAAAGGUCGCGGCUGUCACCGUCAUUCGGAAGGCCAGAUAG